AACACCACUAUUAUUUAGUAAUCACUAGUCUGUUACUUUCAUUCAGUGUGGUCGCUUGUGUUGUUAUUGGAGUUUGUGUUCGGUGUUUUUCCCACUUUUUAAUUAGUUACGCCUUUUCUUUUUUCAGCAAAAAUGAACAUCGCAGCAGUAGGUCCUAAAGCUUCCAGCCUGGUCUGCCCGUCAUGCAGAGCCAACGUGGUCACUAGAGUAGAACACAAAGCUACAACUAAAACACACAUAAUAGCUCUAGUCCUGUGCCUAUUCCUAUGCUGGCCUUGUGUUUGCGUUCCUUACUGCAUGGAUUCUUGCCAAAACGCCGAUCACUACUGUCCUAGUUGUAACGCCUACCUCGGGACUUAUCAGGGAUAGCGUUAAUAAUAUUUAAACAUUGAAUAUCAUUUAGCUCUAAAAACAUUAUUUAUAUUAAUGUUUUUUAGAUUUAUCCAUUAUUAUUAUCGCUUAAGUUCAAAUGUGAUUACAAUAAGAAUUUCUU